GCAGUAAGGUUUACGCCUUACAAUGAUGCUUAUGCAUAAUAUACAUCGCACAUUCAGUUACACGUGAUUAUGUGGAUGAUGUCCAGCAGAUUAUCACAGCAGACUCCAGCUCUAUGCAGAUUGGAACACGUGGGAGCGCACGCGUGCGGAAAAUUACGCACUGGUGCGUGCGGUGCGUCAUUUACUCCUCCAAACAGCUUCGCCUCCAUGGCUCUAGCACUUCUUUAGUUCCCAUUCAUAUUUUUUUUUUCUUGCUCCAUAAGCAACCUCUUUUUUACUUAAUUGUUUUAUUUGUGUCAUGUCUACGUCAGAGGACGCAGACUUUUUCGCUGACAGUGAGGAAUCUCCGGAAGAGGAAGACUCUGCCCGUCUGGAAAGUUAGGUCCCAGUUUGAGGAAUCUCUGGUAAACAACCAGCUGGUGGUUGUGUCUGCAACUGCAAAAAGUGGAAGAAGUACACAGGUCCCCCAGUGGUGUGCAGAGUUCUGCCUGUCUGCACAGUAUCAGCAUGGCAUGGUUGCGUGCACGCAGACCAACAAGCAGCAGGCGGUGGAUCUGGCCCUACGCGUGGCUGAUGAAAUGGACGUGAACAUAGGCCAUGAAGUGGGUUACACCAUUCCAAUGGAGACCUGCUGCUCCUCUGACACCGUUUUGAGGUACUACACUGAUGACAUGUUACUAAGAGAGAUGAUGUCAGACCCUUUCCUGGAGCAGUACGGAGUUAUUCUUAUUGACCAGGCCCAUGAAAGGACAGUCAGCACAGACAUACUGCUGGGUCUCCUCAAGGACAUCCUGCUGCAGCGGCCUGAGCUCCGAGUUGUGCUUCUCACUCUUCCCCACAUGACAAAGAAGCUUCUCAGACACUACGGCAGCAUCCCGCUCAUCAGUCUGGAAGCCUCACCUGCUGAGGUGGUCAAAAGCAACUGCAGCAGCAAAGACUACUUCUUUUCAGCGCUGAGGCUGGUGCUGGAUAUCCAUCGGACCAAAGAGAGUGGAGACGUUCUUGUGUUUUUUGCCUCUGCUGAGGAGGUGUCUAGGGCAUGCAGCAUCCUACAGAGCGAGAGCUCAAGGCUGAGAGGAAAGCUGGACCAGCUGGUGCCUGUCAUCCUGUGCUCGAGCCAGCGAGAGCUCCUGACUGAGCAAUCAAGCUCCACAAAGUCCAGGAAUGUUUUCCUCUGCACGCAGCAAUGGGAGGACGUGUGGUGUAUCCCCAAGUCUGUGAGCUUUGUCGUUGAUACGGGGUUCCAGAAAAAAAUGGUUUAUAAUCCAAGAGUGAGGGCUUACUCUGAGGUCCUCCAGCCCAUCAGUCUGUGUCAGGCUGACAUUCGUAAACAGCUCUCUGCACCAUCAGGUAAAUGUUUCUGCCUGUAUUCUGAGGAUGGCCUGACGGAAAACCCCCCACAGAUCCUGGAGUCGAACUUCACACCAACAGCUCUCUUCCUGAAGAGGAUGGAGAUUGCAGGGCUUGGACAGUGUCGUUUCAUUGAUAGACCAGAUCCAGAGAGUCUAAUGCAGGCUUUGGAGGAGCUGGAUUACCUUGCCGCCUUAGACGAUGAUGGAAACUUGUCUGAAAUUGGCAUCAUCAUGUCUGAAAUCCCUCUGGAACCCCAGAUGGCCAAAGCUGUGCUGGCGUCCUGCGAGUUCGACUGUGUGAGUGAGAUGCUGACAAUCGCCGCCAUGCUAUCAGCACCAAGUUGCUUUUUGAAGCCAUCUUCUGGGACGACCCUUGAAGCAGCCCGCUGCCGGGGAAAGUUUCAGCACCCUGAAGGCGAUCACUUCACCCUCAUAAACAUCUACAACGCUUUCAAACAAAGCCAGAGGGAACCAUACAUAACUCCAGAAAAAUGGUGUCAGAACUAUUUUCUGGAUCAUUCUGCCCUGAAGACGGCCGACGUCAUCAGGUCACAGCUGAUGAACACACUGAACAGGAUCGAACUUCCAAUAUCAGAACCCUCCUUUGGAACCAAGACAAACACUUGCAGCAUUAAAAGGGCUCUGCUGGCUGGAUUCUUCAUGCAGGUUGCUCGAGAUGUGGACGGAUCGGGCAACUACUUUAUUUUGUCCCAUAAGCACAUGGCUCAGGUCCACCCGUUCUCCUGUUAUGGGGCUCAGUCCCACAAGCUGGGGCUUCCAGAGUGGGUGGUUUUCAAUGAGUACACCCUGUCAGAAAACAACUGCAUGAAAACGGCCUCGGAAAUUUCCCCUCAAAUGUUCCUUCAAAUGGCACCGCUGUACUACUUCUACAAUCUGCCUCCUAGUGAGAGCAAAGACAUGCUGCAAGUUCUGCUGGACUCAGACGGAUGCAGUAACUGCAAAGAAAAGACCCAAACUGCAAGAAUGAGCGGCGAUGCAAACAGCUGCGCAGCUGCAACUCAGAGCCAUGACAGAUGUGCGAUUCAGUGACCUGAAAAAAUACUCCCAAGUUGUACAAAACAUGUUUCAAUCUCCACAGAGGCGGCAGUUUUCACCAUUUAACCUCCAGCUGGGUAAACUAAUGCUCUUGUAUGUUCACGUCUCAUACUUGUAAAUUGUUUUUUCUGCUUAUGAAAAAAGUGAUUUUAAUUUGUGGGCAUAAAAAAUGGCUUUAAAUAAUGUGUUUAAGUAUUUUAAGCACCCCCUGUCUGCAUUAUAGUCAAAAUUAUUGGUCAGUCAACCGAAUGCUAGCAGAAAUUAUUUUUC